AUGAGCGGUAAUAUAUUUUUGUACGAUUUCAAUGGAUCGGUGCAGAGGAAUAAACUACAGGACGCGAUUUUUAGAGAUUUGGCUCAAAAGGAUGAGUUCAUGAAGCGACUGGAAGAGGAGCGGGUGGAACGCCAACUUUUGGCAAAGAAAAAAUCAGCGGCCAUAAAAAUCCAGUCUUGGUACCGUGCCAACCGCACGCGUCGCCGGUUCCACGCGUUGCUGCGGCAGAAUUUCGAUGCGGUGGGCAAAGUGGCCACGUUGGACGUGUUGAGUGCGCAGAUUGCACGAUUGGUGCUAUUUUUUAAAGCGAGUGAAGAUUUGGGCAGAACGAUGCAACUUUGUACUGAUGCGGUUGCGUUGGCCCAGCCUCAGCCUCAGGUACAAGAGCGAUGUCUUUCGGCGCUAAAAUGUCGCCAGCUGGUGCGUUGUGUGGUGGGUGCGUUGCCUGCGAUACGACCGACUUGCUCGUAUUCGAAUUAUAUACCGGCAUUGCGGUGUUUGGAGGUGUAUUUGAGGGAUGAGAGGGAGACGGUGCACUCGUUGGCGGAGUAUUUUAGGGCGAUUGUGGCGUUGUACGCGAAUAAUUUUGAGUUGAAACAACUUGAUUUGGGUAAUAUUGAUUUGGAUGGCGUUAAUUUGGGUAGGGUUGAUUUGGGUAACGUUGGUUUGGGUGGCGUUGAUUCGGGUAACGUUGAUUUGGGUAAUAUUGAUUUGGGUAGUAUUGAUUCGGGUAACGUUGAUUUGGGUAAUAUUGAUUUGGGUGGCGUUAACUCUGGUAUCGGUGGCUUUUAG